AUGUGGAGUGACGUCAACGAUUCAUCGGUAAAGGUCCGGGAUGGCAGCAGCCGGCGGGUUGAACCCAGCAAAGGGCAGGAACAAGAAGUUGAUGAGGACGCUCAAAACGGCAACCACUUCGCCACUGGACAGCAAGUAGACGAGCAGCUGGCCCAGGAGCGGGAUCUCGACGAAUGUGAUGCCAAGGAAGUGCUAGAGAAUGUUGUUCGUCUGCGCGUCGCACUCGCGGCAGUAGACGGCACGUUCCCGCAGGGUGAAGGGUAG